AUGAUUUCUCCAACCACAACCCGGGAAAUCGGCACACCGAUUAUUGUCUCUGGCAUCCCCUACAACCUGCAUCCCUACAGCGGGGUUAAGGACGGUGCGCCUAUCAUUGUGUCGCAUUACGGCACAGGCGGAACUGUCGAGGGGCGAGCAGGAGGGGGGACGCCAAUUGUCCUCAACGACCGUGUUCGUGGAUAUAUGGACUUUGGUUCUACGAAGCAGGUCUUUCCUGCGCAUGCUGGUAGAUAUAGGGAAUUUGAUUCUACCGAGAGGAUCGUGCCUGCUGCUAGUGGUGUUAGCUUCGAUUCCCAUGGACCAGCUCCCCCAUCGAUACGUGUUAGCUUCGAUUCCUCUCGGCCGGCUCCACCGCUCACUCGAUAA